AUGGACGCAAGCCCAGUCCACGUUGAUGGGGAUACUGGACGCUAUAUCACCCAAUCCGCCAAGGGAUCAAAUCGGUUGCUCCAAAGAUUUGUGAAAAUUGCAAAUCUACAGAAGAUCCUGAGCAUUUCCCGCCGUCUCUGGGAUAUCCAGCUGGACCAGACUCCUGCGAUUCGCGAGGAGGUCGCUCAGCUGUUACUGGACCUAAUCAACGCAUCCGAUAACAACGAACAACUGCACCGCUCGCACCAUGGCAUAACCGGCAAGAAGAAGAAACGCAAGGUACGUUGA